GAAGUGGGCAAUGGCGCUGGUUCGCUGAAGAGAGCGCCUUGCCCCCCGGGAAGGGCCACGCGCGGCCGGGCGGAAUCCCGUGGCGGCCGAGAUGGCCUGCUGCCACAAAGUGGUGCUUCUGGUGGACACCGCGGGCGACGCCGCUCGCCACGGCCCGGCCCGGCGCGCCGCCCUGCGCCUCCUCACUUACCUGAGCUGCCGCUUCGGCCUGGCCAGGGUCCAUUGGACCUUCAAGUUCUUCGACUCGCAGGGGGCCCGAAGCCGGCCCUCCCGCGUGUCUGACUUCCGCGAGCUGGGGAGCCGCUCCUGGGAGGACUUCGAGGAGGAGCUGGAGGCCAGGCUCGGGGAUCGCGCUCCCGGGGCCCACCUGCCGGGCCCCACGCCCAGGGCCGGCCACACGCACGGUGCCCUGAUGGAGACGCUGCUAGACUACCAGUGGGACCGGCCGGAGAUCACGUCGCCCACCAAGCCCAUCCUGCGGAGCAGCGGGAGGAGGCUGCUGGACGCGGACAGCGAGGCCAGGGAGGCCCAGGCCGCGCUCGGGGGCUUUGGGAACGCCGUCUUCCUCCUGGCCCCCUGUCCUCACUCGCAGAGGGAGCUGCUGCAGUUCGUGGCGGGGUGCGAGGCCCAGGCUCAACGCGUGCCGCCCACCCCCAAGCAGGUGAUGGAGAAGGUGUUGCCCAAGAGAGUCCAGGAGGUCAUGAUCGCCCGGAACGUCACCCUGUACUGGGUGGACACCACGGAGCGGUCUAAGUUGUGGGCCUCCCCAGACCACGUUGGAUACUGGACAAUUUGUGAACUGCUCCACCAUGGAGGAGGCACCAUCCUGCCAUCUGAAACUUGGAGCCUGGGUUUUACUAAAGCCAGCGAAGCAGUGUUGCAGGGCGAUGGUGCUCUGUCACACCAGCCUCACCUCUCCCCAUGGAUCUCAACCCUGCCAACAGAUGCCACUGUAAACUGCUUGCUGUAUAAUUCUUCGGAGUAUGAAGCCUCGUUUCCACGAAUUGAAGGAACAUUAUUUCUCCCUGUUAAAGGCAAAGAAAUUCAAGAAACAUGGGCAAUCUCCUUAGAGCCCUUAGCCAUGCAUCAGAGACAUUUUCAGAAGCCAAUCAGAAUUUUUCUAAGAGGCUCAGUGGCACAGUGGUCUCUCCCAAUGAGUAGUACUAUAGGCACCGACAACUGGAUGCUACAAAGUCCAGAAGAGCACAAGUCAACUCAGAGGCUGUUGUUUCAGGAGCUUGUAGGCAGGCUGACUGCUAAAGAAUUCCAUCUGGUUGCCAGUGUGGAUCUUGGUGAAGGCUGGCCCUCCAUCACGGGAAUUAUUUCCCCAUUCUCUGCCAAUGCCAUGAUUCUCACAGUGUUCCGUGCCAAGGAAGCUGAAGUUGAAAGGCAUUUUCUCCAGACAACUGUGGCUGAAGGCUCCCAGGAUAUAGCUUCCCUUUCCUCAGAUGUCGUAGAUAGUGUGCUGAAUCAGGUUCAUAAUUUAUUGGAAGAUCCUGCUUCUUCUGACCCCUGUGUUCCAGAGUGGGUCCAGCAGGAGCUUAAUCGUACCAGUCCCUGGAGUCCAGCUCUUGUGGAAAAGUGGUUUCCUUUCUCUAACAUCAGUGGAGCCACUUCAGACUUGAUGGAAUCAUUUUGGUUAUUACAGGCUGCUUCACCUGAUAAUGAAGAUGCCUCCAAAACUGAAAGUGAACUAACACGCUGCCUCUCUGAGCUCUACCAGAGAAAUUCUCAUGAAGACUCUACUAUAGUUAAUCAAGAACGUAGCAGAAAGAAACGGGUUAUCCCCCGAACUCCAGUGAGACAAAAGAUGAAUACCAUGUCCCGCUCCCUGAAGAUGCUCAAUGUGGCGAGGCUAAAUGUAAAGGCUCAGAAGCUACAUCCAGAUGGGAGUCCAGAUACGGCUGUGGAGAAGGGUUUCCAAAAGACAGGUGUUGGCCGAACAGCAGACAAGGAAGAUAGAGGAAGAGUAUUAAGAAGUUCUAAGCUUAAAGAUUUUAAAACUGAAGAGGAGCUUCUGUCUUACAUACGUGACAACUACCAAAAGACUGUGGCUACAGGAGAAAUUACAUUGUAUUCAUGUGCUCAGAAUAUGGUCUCAACCAUCAAAGUGUUUCUAAAGUCUAAGGACAUCAAGGAGUUAGAAGUGACCUGCCUGAAUCAUAUGAACACUAACCUCUUAAAAACCAGCAAAACUCUCCGACAGAAUCUAGGGGGAAAGAUGGAUAAAGAAGACAAAGUCAGAGAGUGCCAGCUUCAGGUGUUUCUUCGUCUGGAGAUGUGUCAGCAGUGCCCCUCCAUACUGGAAAGUGCAGAUGAGGUGGAGCACGUAGUGGAGGAGGUGACAGAUUUGCUGCGCAUGCUCUGUCUUACUAAGGACUCCGCAUACCUGUCAGAGUUCCUGGAGGAGAUUUUGAGAUUGUAUAUCGACUCCAUCCCAGGGACAGUUGGACAGCUGUACCACAGCCUGGGGUUAAAGGUUCCUCAGAAGCUGGCUGCAGUCCUUCCUGUAGAAUUUUUUAGUGAUGAUUCUAUGACUCAAGAGAGCAAGUCACCACCUCUCUCAUCCAGCGCUCACAGAUCAGUGCCUGCCAUUACUGAAUCUGAGCAGCUAGAGGAGCUGCGGACCAGAUCAGCCAAGAAAAGAAGAAGGAAAAAUGCACUAAUAAGACAUAAAAGUAUUGCAGAGAUUUCACAGACUCUUCGACAAAUUGAAGUACCUAAAGUGUCCAAGAGAGCUACAAGAAAUGAGAACUCCCACCCUGCUUCUGUACAGCCACCACUCCCAAGGAAAGACACAGUACAAGAAGUGACAAAAGUCCGAAGAAAUCUCUUCAAUCAGGAAAUCAUUUCUCCUUCAAAGAGAGGUCUAAAGCGAGGGCUGCCUCGAAGCCAUUCUGUAUCAACUUUGGAAUGUUUACACCAUAAAAAGGACAACCUCAAGAAAACCAAAAGCAGUACAUUUCAAGGUUAUCACAAAUUACUGACUAAGAGUGUGGCCGAGACCCCAGUCCACAAGCAAAUCUCCAGGAGGCUGAUCCACAGACAGAUCAAGGGCAGGUCUUCUGAUCCUGGUCCUGAUAUUCAUGUAGUUGAAGAGUCUCCUGAAAAAGAGGAUGAAAUAAAUUUGAGAAGAAGUCCUCGAAUCAAGCAGUUGUCAUUUAGCAGAACAAAUUCUGGUUCCUUCUAUUCUGUAUCUCAGCCAAAGUCUCGAAGUGUGCAAAGAAUUCACUCUUUCCAGCAGAAGUCAGACCAAAGAGAAAAUUUUCCAGUCCAGAGUAUUCGGUCUCCUAAAACACUUCUAUUCGGGGCACUGUCUGAGACACCUGGCUCCUCCAAGAAGGGUUCAGCCCAAAUUAAGAGGUCCUCAAGAAGCAUGUUGGAUUCUGAGAUAUCUACAGCUUAUCAGACUCCCAAAAAGAAUACCCAAAAAUCUCCAAACUUUCCUAAAACUACACCAAGAAGGUUCCCUCGGACAGCACAGACUUCACUGUACACUCCAGAAAGACUACAAAACUCCCCUACAGAGAUAACACCUGCUGAGGGGGCCAUUUCUGAGACAUUCAUAAGAAACCCCUCCUCACCUGGUUACAGCUCAGCUUUGGCAUCAAAAGUCACUCCUCAAAAGAGAGUCUCCUCAUUAGAAGAAGAGACCUCUCCUAUCCUCACAAAGCUACCCAGCACACCCAGGGGGCCAGAGGCCCAACCACCUCAAUGUUUGUCAGACUCUGCAUGGCUACACUCAGGGAAUUCCAGUCCAGAAAGUCCUUGUCCAGCAUCCCCAUCUCCUUUGACUGCCCAGUCCAGGAGUCAGUGUCUAAGCCCCAUAAGAUACUCCUUCAGAACACCUCCUCACACAGCCCUCGCCAGCACACCUGAGCAUCGGAAGCACCAACAGCUCCCUCUCCCCAGUGCCUCUCAGACACAGGAACUUGCACAGAGACUGCUGGAGAAAGCUCUCAGGAUCCCAGAGAAACCAGCAGGCGCAAGUGCUUCUCCACCUCUUUCUCCAAAGGAACACUUUGUUUCUGGAUGUAGUAUAUCCCAGUGUCAACUUAGGAAAGCUUUGUCAGCCUCCCCUCCUCCUAGAGAACGAAAAUGGAAAGAACAUCAGACAUCACCCAGCAUAGCUACAUCUGUCUCUUACCCUGUUCCCUCAACUCCUCCCAGAACCCCACAGAGAAUGACCUCCCGCCAUAUACCCCCUUCUCCUCCAUCUAAGCUUGGCAGGCUAUAUAGAAAGACCUCCAGUCCUCCUCAAGACUUCCCAGAGUACCGUCCUGGACCCUCUGCUGCUCCAGCAUUUGACACAGCUACCAGCUCAGCAACCAUCCCAGGCUCUAGAAGGGAACAGUUUCAGUCUUCUGAAGGACAGAGUUACAAGGGCACUGGUUUCAGGAUUGACUGGCAUGUAUCCUCUCCUGUCCUCAUUGCAAGUGACACGGAGUACCUUCCUCUGAUUGAUGAAGCCCAACUCUGUAGCCUUGAGAGCCAAGAGGUAAAAAGUGGCAUCUUGCCAGGAGAAGAAGGUGAGGAGCCACAGACCACCAUUGCUGAUGAGCCUCCCUCUGUGUCUGACCCUAGGACUCUUCUACCUGCUGCUGCCUCUGUGUCUGGCUCCCCUGAGCUGCUGUCCCAUACACUGCACUGCAUGGCAGACAGGCAGCAGAGCCAACCUGCUGCUCAGCAGGAGGGUCCACAAGUUUCAGAGGCCACAGGCAGUCCUCAGACCUAUGAGCUUGAGCUGGACAUGCAAGCUUCUGGCCUCCCCAAGCUCCGAAUUAAAAAGCUAAACCCUGAAGAUCCUUUGGAAGCCGAGGCCCUAGGAAAAGAAAGCCCCCUGGGAGAGGAGGCUGCCCUCCCUGCUCUCAGCAUGCCCAAGGCCAGUAAGACCUCCAGUAGAACUGAGCACACUUACUUGUCACCCCCUUGCCUUCGACCCUCACACAGCACGCCUGGCAAGAGUGGUGGUCAAACCUUCAUCUGCCAAUCUUGUACUCCCUCCCGUUGCCCUCCCAGUACCCCCUCUCCAUUUCAAGCAGACACUGGGGUUCCUUGGACACCAUCCCCCAAGCAAAGUGGGAAGACCACUCCUGAAAUUAUCAAAGACUGGCCUCGAAGGAAGAAGGCAGUGGACUGCAGUGCUGGACCCUCUGGGAGAGGCGAGGCCAGUUCAGACUUCUCUGGGGCUUUGUCACUGCUUGAGCCUGAGCCUGAGGGAAAGGAGCAAAGUCUUGAGCAUGACCUCUCUACAGUUCUCAUCUUAGAGGAUUUUGAACUAGAGGGAGUGUGUCAGUUGCCAGACCAGUCACCUCCCAAAGACAGUGUGUCUAAGGCUGAGGAAGCAUCCUGGGGACAGUUUGGAUUAGGCAGAAAGAGACUCCUGUCUGCCAAGGAAGAAGCUGAGUACAAAGUCAAAAGGGUCUGUGAUUCCCUGAGUGAAGAUCCCCAACCUGGCAAGCAUAAAGAGUGCUCUCCACACUGGAGUGCACCACCACUCCCCUCAGUAGGGGAUGACGAAGUGUUUGUUUCUGGCUCCACCCCACCCUCUAGCUGUAUGGUUCGGAGCUGCCUUUCUGCCAGUGGUCUGCAAGCCCUGACCCAGUCUCCACUGCUGUUCCAGGGAAGAACACCUUCCUCUCACAGCAAGGACACCAGAGAUGAAGAUGUAGAUGUGUUUUCCUCUGCUGCCGAAGAGUCUCCUUUUAGGCAAACCUUCUCCCGGAAACGGCCUUUCAGAUCCUAUACAAGGAAGAAGCUCAUUAGCUAGCUCUGGUAGAACAGAGCAGACUCAGAAUGAGGAACACUUUGAGCCUGGCCAGAUCCCUUGCAUACCUGGAGAAGUACUCCAGAGCCGGUUUAUCUGGAUAUGGUAACAUUGCCAGACUCAUACCAUCGAUCCCAGCAAUGUGCCCAAAAUAAGUGGUCAGAACUUCAUGGGACUGAAAAAGUUCACAAGUAAAGGUGACGACAGCUAGGUCCUCUGUGGACUUAAGGAAAUUGGGGGCUUUGCAGGAUAUGGUGCCCCAUCACUUGGAAGGCGGAGACAGAAGCAUCACAAGAUUCUGACUACAUAGCAAGUGCAAGGACAGCUAUAUGAGACCCUGUCUCAAAAACAACGAACAGACUUUUAAGGACCUUGAGCCUUUCUUCCCACAGUUAUUGUUCAGAUGACCACUGGAAUGCCUUAUGGUCUUCAAAUUCCUCUUGUACACUUCAUCCGAGGCCGGGCCCUGACCCUUUUUGGGAAGGUUGGGAAUCUGAUGUGCAGCAGGGUAGCUGGUACUAUAACUCAGGUUAUCCAGGAGUCUAGUCACCAAGCAAAGAUUCCAUUCCAGGCCUCUAUAUUGUGAAAUGGAAAAAGGAACCCUUGACAUAGCCUCUUGAGGUGCUUGCCGCGAGGCUUGAGGUCUCUGACACAAUCGGUACUUCAUAAACUAAGACCCAUAUGUGAAAGACUACAGCAAGAAGCAAGGCACCAAUAAAGUUAUUCUGGCUAUUUAGCAUGGCAUUCAACAUUUUGGCCUGGGAGAAAUUGACCAUGGUCCAGGGUGAUCAUCUUAUGGGGUCUGCACUGAGAGCCAGCCACCGUGUGGCAGUCUUAGUCUGGCAUGUGCUUGGCACCUGUGUUGUCCUGUAAUCAACUAAACCAACUUGCUGUGGAGUCUUGUCAGGACACUCAUUUGCAGUGAGGGCUGAUUUGGUGCCUGCUCAGUCCCCCCGGAAGGUUUAACCCUGUUGUGGCCCCAGCUUGUUCUUUCUAUUGUCAGACUCAAGCAGAAACUCCCAUUUCUCCUUGCUUUCUCCAUGUGCUCGCUUUGUAUGACUGAGGUAAAUAACCAAAAAGGAAGAAAAGGUAGUCCUGGACUGCUCGCCAGGGUUCAAUUUCCAGCACUACUGAUGAGUUAAGAAGAAAAGGCUUCAAGUUGGCUCGGGGUUUCAGACAUCUAAGUUCAGAGUUAUUAGUCCUGACUUGGGGACUGCACAGGCAGCGAGGCAGCUUUGAAGUAGAGAGGAGGGUUAGGACUCCCAUAUGCCCUUUAAGGAUGCUCUCCAAUAACCUAAGCUCUACUGCCUCUCAGCUGAGGACCAGCCUUCAAGAAUUCUUGGGGAAACAUUUAAGAUGUAAGCCAUAAUGAGAUUA